AUGGAAGAAGUUGGACAGGACCCAUUGGAUGAUGUUGGCUUCCCACCAGGGGCCCUGGCAGCUUCCUUAAGUCUGAACCACACCUGGGUUCUAUUUUUCAGUCUGGAAAGAGAGAUUAACCUGUCAGCAGGACAAGCCAGAGAGAGUGAGGAGCUGAACAACAUCACAUCUGAGACAGAGGAAGCCCUGAGGGACCUGGAACUGGAGACAGCAAAGCUGGAAAGGAAUAAGGAGAUCCUAAGAAAGAAUGUGAUGGAGGUUCAGAAGAAGAUUUCCAGGAGAUUUAAGAAUGUUGGCCUUGAUAAAGAAGCCCUAAAGCAGAUGUUGGCAGAGUUGAAGGUGAAACUGCAAAAGUCAACAGAGUCCUGUGCAAAUCAAGAGAAGGAACUGGUCAAGAUAGAGAGUGACUAUCAAUCUGUGUAUCAGCUCUGUGAGGACCAGGCCCACUACAUAAAGAAAUACCAGGAAAUUCUGAGGCAGAUGGAGAAGGAAAAGGAGGUGCUCCUUCUUGAAAAAGAAGUAAUCAAAGCCCAGAACAAUUCCUCCCAAACUGUGAAACCUGGGUCAAUUCUGGUGGAGACCAUCCAGAGCAACAUGGAGAAGACCAUCAUUAAAAAACAGAAGAGAAUCUUUUGGUACAGGCAUUUCAGGUGUCUUGUCUUCAUGGUCAUGAUCUUCAUGAAGCUGCUGGGUUAUGUGCUUUUCUACCUGCAGUACAUACACCCAGACCUCCUUGUGGAUGCCCUGCCCUUGGUAAUGAGCAGAGACACCUUGAAGAGGCUGAGGGACAUCUUAUUUCCCUUCCUCACUCUAGAGGUGGAAGAAGUUCUACCGCAUUAGUCUGGAGUGGCCUGGGGUGUCAUGCCGCACCUGAGUGGGUGGGAGGAGGGGCAUGGCUGAGGCCCCAAGUGGGGGCUGGGCCAGGAAGGAAGUGGGAGCUUUGACUCAGAGCUGCUGCUUGGACCCCAAACCUCUUCAUUCCAUCC